AUGCCGGCGUUCGCUGCCACACACAUCAUCAGAGCCGCAUCGCAUACCGAUCGAAAUUUGCUUGACAAGAUACGAGAGCUUGCGCGGACGAAAAAGAGCUGGUCUGACACUCUCGCGCUUCCCAAAUCACAAUUCCCAGCUCGGCCAAGUCCUGAGCAGAUCGAACAAUAUCGUAAGCGAUGCGCCGAUGACCUCUAUGCCUGGCAGCGGCAGCACCGUCCCGCUACCAUUGUCGACAGAGAUGGCAAUGAGAAGUGCAAUGAGUUCGUGCUUCACGACGGUCCGCCAUAUGCCAAUGGCGCGGUGCAUGUCGGACAUGCGCUAAACAAAAUCCUAAAAGACCUCAUGUUGCGCUCUGAACUAUCGAGAGGCAGGAGGGUACAAUACACGCCAGGAUGGGACUGCCACGGCCUUCCUAUCGAGCUCAAGGCCUUGCAGCAGCCAAAGGCCCCAAGGCAAGAAGCAAAGGUAGCGACAGCUUUGAGCCAGCAAAUGAGUGCUGCUGAUAUUCGAGCUGCUGCAAGAAAGUUGGCUACGGAAACAAUUGAGCUGCAAAAGAAGAGCUUUCGGGAAUGGGGUGUGAUGGGUGAAUGGGAUAGGCCAUACAGAACUAUGGACAAAACAUUUGAGCUCAGGCAGUUGGACGUGUUCGGAGAUAUGGUCAGAAAAGGCCUCAUUUCACGACAUCAUCGGCCGGUAUACUGGUCACCUUCCUCGCGGACGGCCCUUGCGGAAGCUGAGCUAGAGUACGAUGACAGUCACACAUGUACUGCUGCUUUUGUGAAGAUGCCAUUUGUAAAGCUUCCGAAUGUGCUCAAGGCGAACCCGAGCAUCAGACCGGACACGAUCAGCGCCCUCAUCUGGACAACAACGCCAUGGACAUUGCCUGCAAACAAAGCCAUUGCGGUUGGCAGUGACAUCGAGUACUCUGUCAUAUCAAUUGCUGACGAAUCGAAUCUCGCCGCCGGCCAAGACCAACUCUUAGUAGCCAAAGAGCGAAUUGAGCAUGUCUUGUCUCAUCUCCCCGAAGGCACGCGAUUGGAGGUUGUUAUUGAUGCCAUCUCUGGACAUGAACUGGGUGGCUGCUGCUACAACAUUUUCCAAGACUCCGAGUCUCCGCUUUUUGAGGCGCCAUUCGUGACAGCAACAUCUGGUACCGGAGUUGUCCACAUUGCUCCAGGUCAUGGAAUUGAUGACUGGCAGGUCUGUCAAGCGCAAGGCGUUGGGCCAGCUUUUGCGCCUGUAGAUGACGAAGGCAGAUACACCGUGGAUGCAUUUCCUCGAACGGUGGAUAGUGCUCCACCUUUCCAUGGCCUCGAUGCACAGACUCAAGGCGUGACAGCCGUGCUAGAUGUGCUGCGUCGCAGCCCACUUUUAUUAAUUGCGCACAAAUUCACACACAAGAAUCCCAUCGACUGGCGAACGAAACAGCCAGUCAUCACCCGUGCCACGGCACAGUGGUUUGCUGAUAUCUCCGCCGUCAAGGAUAGAGCGUUGGCAGCCCUCGAAUCUGUACAUUUCAUUCCUGAAAGUGGCAAGAGCAGGCUGGAGAGCUUCAUAGCAGGCAGAAGCCAGUGGUGUAUAUCGCGACAACGCGCAUGGGGAGUGCCUAUACCGGCAUUAUACCAUGUCGACACUGGAGAAGCGUGCAUUUCCGACGAGAGCAUUCACCACAUCAUCUCCGUCAUAGAAGAGCGAGGCGUAGAUGCAUGGUUUUCUGACGCGAAGGCAGAGCCUGCUUGGUUACAUCCCACUCUUGAGCCUGGAAAAUGGAUCCGUGGUAGUGAUACGAUGGACGUGUGGUUCGAUUCUGGAACCAGCUGGACCUCACUGGAGAGAAGAACUGAUGGACUUCCCCGAAGCAACGUGUAUUCUGAAGGCACCGAUCAGCAUCGAGGCUGGUUUCAAAGCAGUUUAUUGACUGCCAUUGCAGCCCAGAGCGCGGAUGAAAAGCCCGUUGCGCCAUUCAAGACCUUGACGACGCACGGUUUUACACUAGACGGGUACGGGAGAAAGAUGAGCAAGAGUAUUGGCAAUGUUGUCUCGCCAGAUGAAAUCAUCUCAGGCGUGCUGGUUCAGUCGACCAAGGGCAGGACGAAAGCUGGGAAGCACAAGCAGGCGCCUCCCACCAAAGCCCAGAAAGGUAUCCUAGGUCCAGACGUGCUUCGUCUCUGGGUGGCUUCGUCCGAUUACACCAAGGAUGUUGCCAUCUCCCAGCCUGUUCUCCAGAGCGUGCAACAAUCUUUGCAAAAGUAUCGUGUGACCUUCAGAUUCCUUGUUGGAGUUUUGCACAAUUAUCCAGAUGCAAAGCCCAGGCAUGAUCUCCUGUCGGAGUUGGACUUCGCGGAUCGUGUCAUCUUGCAGCAGCUAAGUGUUUGCAGCCGCACAGUGUUCAGCGCCUAUUCUGAUUACAAAUUCUACGCUUGUAUCACGGAAAUCAAUCGCUUCAUCAACAGCGACUUGAGCGCAUUUUAUUUCGAGAUCAUCAAAGACCGGCUGUAUACUGGAUCCACGGCUAUUAGAAGACAUACGCAGACGAUCUUGAUGGUCAUCCUACAAGAAUUGUGCAGAAUGCUUGGCCCAGUCACACCUCAUCUCAUUGAGGAAGUUUGGGAAUGGAUGCCGGCAAGCAUGAAGUCGACUGCUGAGAGCGCUAAUGAUUCCAUACAUCCUCUCAAACAAAAAUGGAAGUCGCCAUUCGAUGCCGAAAGCCUUGGUGUCCGAACUGAUGCGGGCUUGACUUCAUCUCUCGCACUAUUCAGGGCAAUUUCUGCUGCUGUCAAGGUCGCCCAAGAAGAAGCUCGUACGGCGGGACUGCUUGGAAGCGGUCUCGCAUGCCGAGUUGAGAUAGCUCUCCCUACACAUUUCGAUCCUGCAGAGUCGUCAUUCAGCUGGCUACGCAAGGACGAGCUCGCGAACUUGCUGGUAGUCAGCGAAGCAGAAGCUUUGCAGCUAAGCAACGCCCCUCACAACAAAGAGCGAAAUGAAGAGUGGCGGUAUGAACAACCGGUAGAGCUGCAUAUUGGCGGUAAUGUCGUCCACGGGAAAGUAGCCGUCCUACCGCCGAGGGCGAAGAAGUGUCCAAGAUGCUGGAAAUAUACGGCUGAAGAAGAGGAAGUCCCUUGUGCGCCUUGUAGAGAGGUCCUGGUAGACAUCACUUGA